CUUUUUUUCCGGGGUGGUACUUCCCGUCUCUCAACGCUGGGCGCCGGGCUGCAGAGCCGGUGAGCGGAUCGCCCAGCGGGGCUCCGCCCCCCGCGUCCCGUGGCCAUGACAACGGCCCCGCGGGACUCCUUAUUGUGGAAGCUCGCGGGGCUGCUGCGGGAAUCAGGGGAUGUGGUCCUGUCUGGCUGUAGCACACUGAGCCUGCUGACUGCCACGCUGCAGCAGCUGAACCACGUAUUUGAGCUGUACCUGGGGCCAUGGGGCCCUGGCCAGACAGGCUUUGUGGCUCUGCCCUCCCACCCCACCGACUCCCCUGUCAUCCUCCAGCUUCAGUUCCUCUUCGAUGUGCUGCAGAAAACGCUUUCACUCAAGCUGGUCCAUGUCCCUGGUCCUGGCCUCCCAGGACCCAUCAAGAUUUUUCCCUUCAAGUCCCUUCGGCAGCUGGAGCUCCGAGGUGUCCCUGUCCACUGCCUUCAUGGCCUCCGUGGCAUCUAUUCCCAGCUGGAGACCCUGAUUUGCAGCCGGAGCAUCCAGACAUUAGAGGAGCUCCUCUCAGCCUGCGGUGGCGACCUCUGCUCUGCCCUGCCCUGGCUGGCUCUGCUUUCUGCCGACUUCAGUUACAAUGCACUGACUGCCUUAGACAGCUCCCUGCGUCUCUUGUCAGCUCUGCGCUUCUUGAACCUGAGCCACAAUCAACUCCAGGGCUGCAAGGACUUCCUGAUGGACUUGUCUGAGCUCUACCAUCUGGACAUCUCCUAUAACCACCUGUGUUUGGUGCCGAGAAUAGGACCCUCAGGAGCUACUCUGGGGACCCUGAUACUGCGAGGCAAUGAGCUCCAGGGCCUGCAUGGCCUGGAGCAGCUGAGGAAGCUGCGGCACCUCGAUGUGGCAUACAACCUGUUGGAAGAACACAGGGCGCUGUCACCACUGUGCCUGCUGGCUGAGCUCCGCAAGCUCUACCUGGAGGGAAACCCUUUGUGGUUCCACCCUGCACACCGAGCGGCCACCGCCCAGUACUUGUCACCCCGGGCCAGGGGUGCUGCUUCUGGUUUCCUUCUUGAUGGGAAGGUCUUAUUACUGACUGAUUUUCAGACCUCCACAUCCUCAGAGGCCCCGACUCCGUCCUGGCCGGUGGGGAGUACCACUGAAACCUCAGGGGGUGUUGACUUGAGUGACAGCCUCUCCUCAGGGGGCAUUGUGGCCCAGCCCCCGAUUCGUAAGUUGAAGGGCCGAGUUCGCGUGAGGCGGGCAAGUAUCUCAGAACCCAGUGACACGGACCCAGAGCCCCGGACUCCGGACCCCUCCCCGGCUGGACGGUUUGUGCAGCAGCAUCGGGAACUUGAACUCAUGAACAGCUUCCGGGAACAGUUUGGCCGGGACUGGCUGCAGUACAGGAAUCACCUGGAGACCUCGGGAAUCCCCGCCCUGGCUUCCUCUAAGACUCCUGCCCUCAGCACACUGCCCCCGGACACACCGAGCCCAGAGCCUGUGCCCAGUCCUCCACUCCCAGAGGAGUCACCACAGAAAAUGGCAGAGGAGGUCAGCGUGGGGCCGGAGCCACAGGCGGAAGAGGAGUUUGAGGAGCAGGGAAAGGAGGAGGAGGAGGAGGAGCAGAAGGAAGUGGAAGCGGAGCUCUGUCGCCCCAUGUUGGUGUGUCCCCUGGAGGGGCCUCAGGGCGUGCGGGGCAAGGAGCGCUUUCUCCGGGUCACGUCUGGGCACCUGUUUGAGGUGGAACUCCAAGCAGCUCGAACCCUGGAACGGCUCGAGCUCCAGAGUCUGGAGGCAGCUGAAAUAGAGCCUGAGACUGAAGCCCAGAGGGAACCGCUGCCUGAGGGCUCAGAGCUGCCCCCCUUGCCCCCUGUCCUCGCUCUUCGCUUCUCUUACAUUCGCCCGGACCGGCACUUGCGUCGCUAUGUGGUGCUAGAGCCUGACGCCCAAGCCGCUGUCCAGGAGCUGCUUGCUGUGUUGACCCCGGCAGCCACCAAGGUUCAGCAUCAGCUGGGGGAAGCAAGGGACCAGCUGGGGGGCAGACUCCAGUGUCUACGUUGUGGCCACGAUUUCAAGCCAGGGGAUACCAGUUUGGAACUGGACAGUGUGGAGGGCUGGAGGCCUCUGUUCCAAAAUACAGAGUCUCCUACUGUGUGUCCAAACUGUGGUAGUGACCAUGUGGUUCUCCUGGCUCUGUCCGGGGGAGCCCCCAACGGGGAGGAGAGCCAGGAAGAGCAGCUGCCAGCCACGUCGCAGUCCCCCAGCACAGUCCACGAUGACCCUCCUGGUGAAAGUGACGACAGCACCAGGGCUGAUAGUACCCCAUCUCAGGCACUGGGCUCCCACGACCGCCACAGGUGGAGCCUCAGUCCCCCCCCCGAGCGCUGUGGCCUCCGCUCUGUGGACCACCGACUCCGGCUCUUCCUGGAUGUUGAGGUGUUCACCGAUGCCCAGGAGGAGUUCCAGUGCUGCAUCAAGGUGCCACUGGUAUUGGCAGGCCACCCUGGGGAGUGUCUGUGUCUCGUGGUUGUGUCUGACCACAGGCUUUAUGUGUUGAAAGUGACAGGGGAGAUCUGUGGGCCUCCAGCUGGCUGGCUGCAGCCAACCCUGGCCAUUCCCCUGCAGGAUCUGAGUUGCAUAGAGCUGGGCCUGGCAGGACAGAGCCUGCGGCUGGAGUGGGCAGCUGGAGCGGGCAGCUGUGUCCUGCUGCCCCGAGAUGCCAAGCAUUGCCGAGCCUUCCUAGAGGAACUCACUGAUGUCUUGCAGUCUCUGCCCCCAGCCUGGAGGAGCAGCGUCAGUGCCACAGAGGAGGAGGUGACCCCAGAGCACCGAUUCUGGCCACUACUGGAAAGAGACUCUUCCUCGGAGCCUUCCCGGUUCUUCUACCUUCAAGUGUUCCUGGUGGAAGGCCCCGCGACCUGUCCUGUGUCCCUGUUGCUGACUCUGUCCACCUUGUACCUGUUAGAUGAGGACCUUGUAGGGUCCCAGGCAGAAGCCCCUCUUCCAGCGGCAUCUGGCGAAGCCUCUGAGAAGGCCCUGCCCUCGGGGCCUGGCCCUUCCUUGUGUGUCAGGGAGCAGCAGCCACUCAGCAGCCUGAGCUCGGUGCUGCUCUAUCGCACGGCCCCGGAGGACCUGCGGCUGGUCUUCUACGAUGAGGUGUCCCGGCUUGAGAGUUUUUGGGCACUCCGUGUCGUGUGUCCAGAGCAGCUGACCCCCCUGCUGGCCUGGAUCCGGGAGCCCUGGGAGCAGUUGUUUUCCAUUGGCCUCCGAACUGUGACCCAAGAGGCUCUAGACCUUGACCGGUGAAGCCUCCAUGCGGGCCCCGCCCUGGCCGCAGGAGCCUGGCCACAGGUGUUCUCCAGGCUCUGGCUGUGGACUUCCCCAGGGUCUGGGCCCCAGAUGACCCACAGCUCCAGGGAAGGGGGAGAGGAAUGGUCAGGCCUCUGGAUGACCUGGCCCGAGAGGACAGGCUAAGUGGCCAUAGGAAUGUUUCUUCUGCACUUUUUCUCAGGUAUCAGUAAAGCUAUUUCCAUUCUA